AAGAAGGAAUACAUUUUGCAGCUCACUCAUAUGGUGUACACACCUUUGAAAUGGAAGGCAGAGGACAGCCAGCUCAACGGAAGGAAAUGUCCACACGGCCAAAAGAACCGAGAGGUAGGGGACGUUCUGCUCCUAAUCCAGUUCAAUCAGAAAAUACUUUAGCCUCAACAGUGAAGAAGAGAUCAGAGAAGCCUGGAAAACAUACAUCAUCUCAAGGGGAUGACAGAUGUGAUGGACUUUCAAGUUGUAGGAAAAUCUCACAGAAGAAGUCCCCAGGAGUACAAAAAAGCAACAGUAAUCCUGCAGAUGAGAAUAAUGACAUGAAAACAUCCAGAAAACAAAGUUUAAAGGAUACGUCAGCAAACAAAGAGAAAGACAAAGGAACAUCAUCAGGAAGUAAUGACAAGAUAGCACAACUUACAAGCAAUGUAAGGUAUUUACCCGAUGGAUUACACUGUGCAACUGAGAAGAAACCCUCCAGAAAACUGAAUACAUCAAAAUCAUUGGACCAAGAGACUAACAGAGCAGAGGAUAAAUCUCCUGCCUUCAAAAUGAUAGACAAACCACAAAAAUUAAAUUCUAAAUAUAAAUCCAGUGAUGAGAUAUGUGAAAUUGAACGCCAAGUAGAAGUUGCUUCAGAGAAGAAAGUUUGUGGUAAAACAGAUAAAGCAGAAAAACUGAAAAUUUCAAACUUAAAGAAUGAACAUGUCGCUGAGCCCAAAGAAAGAGAUGUGAAUGUGAAAACUGUUAAUUCCAGAACUAGGAGAUUGAAGGAUGUGGUUGAUGAGAAAUUAAGACUGAAGAUGGAUCAUAUUUCAAACGCAGCACAGAGCGUUAAUAAGAUUGUAGAUGUAAUACUGAAAUCUGAACAAUUCCGAAAAGAUUCUCUUUUUAAGGACAUAAAAAAAAUGAGCACUGGCAGCUACUAUGAGCAUGUUAAGAUAUCAAAGCCAAAUGAAUUUGACAUCAUGUUAAUGAUCUCUCAACAACCAUACAACACAAUCAAAAUUACAAACCUGGACAAUGAAGGUCCUUUCUACACAUUGGCGUACAAAGAACGAAAGCCACAAGCCAUGACUGAAUAUCUAGAUUCGGAAGGGAACAUUUCUGCCAGGAAAAUCGUGGGUGAAUUCAGAGCUCUUAUUAAGCAAAUCAUUGGGAAAUCAGGAAUGGAGGAAGUAUCUCUACAGAGGAAAGAUCCUGGGAGCCCUGCAGUAACUCUUAUUAUUAAAAAUGAACUUCAGGACAUUUCAGUAGAUCUUGUGCUUGCCUUAAAAAUACCCAGCAGAUGGCCUGAACAAACUAAUAGUGGAAUGAACAUUGAUAACUGGCUUGGUACAAAAGUAAAACGGGAGUAUAUAAAAAAUCACUUCUACAUGGUACCCAAACAAGCAAUGGUUGGAAACAGAAUAAUCAAUGCAGAUACAUGGCGAAUUUCAUUUUCAGAAAUUGAGAAGAGAAUAUUAGCCAAUCAUGGAAACGUAAAAACCUGUUGUGAAAGUGGAGGAAGCAAAAGAGAGAUGUGCUGCAGAAAACAGUGUCUUAAACUGCUCAAACACCUACUAGAGCUGCUUAAAAAUAAUGGAAAUCAAAGAAAAAUGGAUCAGUUCUGUUCAUACCAUGCCAAGACUGCACUACUGCAUCACUGCUCACUAUGUCCAAAAGAUGAAGACUGGAAAUUAGAGGAUUUGGAAUCAUGCUUCAACAGAUAUGUUGAGUUCUUCCAGGACUGUCUUAAGAAGUAUACUCUGUGCAACUUUUUCAUACCUUCCCAUAAUCUUUUCAGUGCACAAUCUGUAGAUAAAUCAAGCUGCGACUAUCUUUUUAAGGAACUAGAAAAACAAAAAUCAAAUAACUACCCUAUUUUUUAUGAAUAGGGUAGUGCACAUAGAAUAGUGAUAGUGAACCUUUUACAGACCAGUGCCCAAACUAAAACCCACUUGGUUAUCGCAAAGUGCUAACACUGCAAUUUAACCUGAAUACUACAGUCCAAUAUAGUAUAUCUUCCAUUUAGCUAUAAUAGCCUGCCUACAUUCAAUGUGCUGUUCAUAGUGCGCCCUGCGCUGAUGAAUGGCAGGAAGAGUCUAAGGCAUACUGGUACACCAUAGACUUUUUCCACAGUGCGGGUGCCCACAGAGAGGGCUCUGAGUGCCGCCUCUUGCACCAGUGCCAUAGGUUCGCCACCACUGACAAUUUUAUCAGAAUAUUAUAUUCUAUGUUAACCCUGCUUUUUCUACAUUACUCUGUAAUAUAAAAUAUACUAUCAAUGAAAUAUAGAACAUGUGUCCUAUGUGAUAAAUAUGGCUUGGCUUAUGUAAUAUUACAAAAAUUAACAAAGUUAAUAGAUGUCACACGAUCCUUAACAGGUCUGUACUUGAUGACUAGUUUAGAGAUGAGCAAGUCUAUUUGGAAUUCGUUGUGAAUUUUCCCAAAAAUUCAGACCCUAAUGAAACCAAAUUUCUUAUGAUUCAUUUUGGAUGAGAGAGCGAGAGAUUAUACUCCACUAGAAGAGAUGUGCAAGUCAGUACUCCUUCAAAAGAAAAAGAAUACAGAGUGUUUCUCAAGAGAAAACUGCCCUGGUUAGCUGAGGGGCCUUUGUUGGUGCCUCGGUGGGUGGCCUUUCUCAUUAUGGAGAUCACCUAGCAUGCAUGAUGAGUAUUGUAGUUCAGCCAAUUCUGCUCUGCAUUUCUGUGAAAAAAUAUAUGCAAAUUAGCAGAUCUUACUUUUGAUGCCAUCAGGCAGGCUUAGUGUUCUUUUCAUUUGGGAAGGAAAGCUAAUUUUCUUAUCUGUGGGUUUCUGGGAAAGAUAUUCAAACUAGCUUUACUUUAAAAAAAAAAAAAAAAAAGAAAAAAAAAGCCUGCCAGCAGAUGUAAAAUAUGCUAAUUUGCAUAUAGUUUUCUCAGAAAAGCUAACUAUGAUUUUAAGACAAUUAGCUUUUUGACUUUUGGAAGAAAUUACUUGCAUUUCUCAUUCAGAAAAGUGUAAUACGGGGACACUCAGUAUACUUUUCCUUUUGGAAGGAGUACGGACUUGCAAAUCUCUUCACCAGUGCAGUAUUACGCGUGGGUCUCUCUUCUUGUCUUUAAAAAUGUGUCCCAGGAGACUAGAGUAUUAUAUACCAAUUUUUGGGGCAGUUGGAGAAUAUAUGAAUCGGGUAGAAUUGAAUCGUACCUGAAUCAAUAAAAAAAAAUAAUUGGGCAAAUUGAACACAACGGAUUUGAAGAAAUUUGCUUAUCCGUUCUUUAGUGCUUUAUGUGCUAACGCAAACUAUUAAUGUUUAUAGAUUCAGUUUAGAGCUAGGGAGGGAAAUUUGGAAAUUACAUAGUAUAAUUCUCAAUUUCAUAUAAUUAAUAAACUAAUUGGUACAUA